AUGGUGGCAGUGGGUGCUGAUGGCGGAGGGUGGAGGAGCCCUAGUGGUGUCGUGGCGGGGGAAGGUGGAGGGACUACCACCAGUGGCUGUGGUGGUCCGUUUCUCCGGUUAAGUGAGAAACGGAGGAGAGUGACAAGAAUAGGUGGUGUGAAGUGGUUUCUGGCAGCUUGCUUGACACAAACAGAGAGGGAAUGGUGGCGGGGCUCGACCAAGAUUGAAGAGGAUGGUCUCCGGAAAGAGGGGAAAGAGGUUAGGGUUGUUGGUUGCCAAAUGGUGGCCAAUGGUGGUGAUUCACGAUGGUUACUGGUGGUGCUAUGGCAUAGCAGUGGAGGGGCGGUGGUUAUAGGGUGGAAAAGCCUCGUCACUGCUGGUUCAUCCUCUAUCAACGCUGCUUCAGGUCUCCUUUUCUUCCUAUUGACAGGUAGAGGCAUUAUGUACCAGAUCCUGACAUUGAAGCAAAAGUGA